ACAAUGGCCUCAUUCUCUGCAAUAGUGAACAUUGUUCUGGUCGUUGUCAUCGCUAUUGGGAUCCAUCUCUCCGUUCACCCCGAUCCUGACUCACAGAUUCUGUCCCCCGAACUGAACGCCACGUAUGACUAUAUCAUAGUUGGGGCAGGAUCUGCUGGGUCUGUUCUUGCGUCCCGUCUGUCCGAAGAUGGUCACGUGACUGUCCUGCUGAUCGAAGCUGGUGGCGAUGACCGGAACCAGAAGACGAUGGAUGUCCCUUUAUUGGCGCCACUAAACCAGCAGGGGAUAUUCGACUGGGCAUAUAGGACUGAGCCUCAGGAACACGCUUUGAUGGGACUAACAGAACAGAGGGCCAUUUGGCCCCGUGGUCGAGUCCUUGGGGGAACCAGCCAGUUGAACUACAUGGUGUAUGUCAGAGGUAACCGCCAUGACUACGACGGUUGGGCAGCCACCGGCUGUGAAGGAUGGAGCUAUAAAGAUGUUCUUCCAUAUUUCAAGAAGUCAGAGGACAUUCAAAUACCCAACUUGACAAAAUCAGACUACCACGGCCAUGAAGGUCCGCUGACUGUGACUGGGGUCUCCUCAAUACCCCUCUCUGACCACAUCAUCAAGGCGGGAGUUGAGAUUGGCUACAAUGAGACAGACAGUAAUGGAGAAAGUCAAGAAGGAUUUAGCAGAGUGCAGGCAACAAUCAAGAACGGAGAACGUGUCAGUACAUCCAAGGCGUUCCUGUGGCCAGUCAUAGACAGACCCAACCUGCAUGUCCUGGCCAACAGUCACGUCACAAAGGUAAUGAUAUACCAGAAGAAAGCGGUUGGUGUUGAGUACGUCAAAGAUGGCCGUCUGUACCGAGUGCGCGCAUCAAGGGAGGUAAUCCUGUCAGCUGGCGUGGUUGGGUCGCCACAGUUGCUGAUGUUGUCUGGGAUAGGACCGAAGAAACAUUUGGAGGAGAUGAAGAUACCGGUCCACGCUAAUCUACCGGUGGGUGAAAGGCUAGAGGAUCACAUGAAUCUACCGAUGGAAUCGACAAUCAAGACUCCAAUAUCUCUUACAGAAAGGAAAAUUGAAUCACUUGGGGCAAUGGUCGAAUAUAUGACACUGCGAUCAGGUUAUCUAGCCAAUGCUGGUUCGGAAACAAUGGCGUUUGCAAAGACGAAAUCCGACGAGCCAAGUCCUGAUGUACAAUUGCUCUACCUGUGCUUCUCCAUGAGUAGAUCAAUUGCACGGGCCUUGAACAUUGACAGUAAAGUAGUUGACUAUUACAACUGGACAUCAGUAGAAGGUUUCCUCACAAUGCCGGUUCUGCUCCGACCUAAGAGCAAGGGAACAAUCCGCCUAAGAAGCACCAACCCCUUCGAGCAUCCUGUCAUCAACCCUAACUACCUGUCUCAUCCAGAUGAUGUCAAGACUCUGGUUAGAGGAAUUCGGCUGAACCAGAAACUUCAUCAGACAAAGACAUUUAAUGAAAUCGGAACCAAACUUGAUGACCGACCCUUCCCGACAUGCACCACUAUGCAGUACGACACUGAUGAAUACUGGGAGUGUUACAUCCGGGCAAUGGCGACAACAGGCAACCAUCAAACCGGCACCUGCAGAAUGGGGAAAACAAGUGACCCCACCACAGUAGUGGACCCAAGCUUAAGAGUAAAGGGAGUUGCUGGACUGCGAGUCGUGGACGCCUCCAUCAUGCCAAGUUCUGUGUCAGGGAACACACAAGCCCCCAUCAUCAUGAUUGCAGAGAAGGCGGCGGACAUUAUCAAGUCAGAUGUGUAGAAGACACACACAGCUCAGUAAGGGGACCGGUCAAUAGGAAAAUAUUCAAUGGGCAUGUCGCCACACAAGUGCUCCGAGGGGGUAGCUUAGUGGUUAAAGCGUUCGCUCGUCACGCCGAAGACCCGCGUUUUAAUCCCCACAUGGGUACAAUGUGUGAAGCCAUUUCUG